CUAGCUUCUAAGUCUGCUCUUCCCGCGAGAUGUGUGUGUUCGCACCCUGGAGGAGGAAAAGUGAGUUUUCUCUGGAGAGGCACAGUAGUGAGACUCCCACUUCUGGGUCUCCUCCUCUCCCCCGCCGUGUUUUCUCUGCGAGAACUCUGAAGAGGUCGGGGUUCCAGCCCGGGGCCGCCGUUCCACCCCGCGGGACAAGAUGCUCAAGUCCAAGACGUUCCUAAAGAAGACGCGCGCGGGCGGCGUGAUGAAGAUCGUGCGCGAGCACUACCUGCGGGAUGACAUCGGCUGCGGGGCGCCGGGCUGCGCGGCGUGCGGCGGGGCGCACGGGGGCCCUGCGCUCGAGCCGCAGCCCCAGCACCAGGCCAGCAGCCUCUGGCCGCGGCCGCACUACCUGCUGCCGGACACCAACGUGCUCCUGCACCAGAUUGAUGUUCUUGAAGACCCUGUCAUUAGGAAUGUGAUUGUGCUGCAAACAGUCCUCCAGGAAGUGAGAAAUCGCAGUGCGCCUAUAUAUAAGCGAAUCCGGGACGUGACAAAUAACCAGGAGAAGCAUUUCUACACCUUCACUAAUGAGCACCACAAAGAAACCUAUGUAGAGCAGGAGCAAGGAGAAAACGCUAAUGACAGAAACGACAGAGCCAUUCGAGUUGCCGCAAAAUGGUACAAUGAACAUUUGAAGAAGCUGUCAGCAGAAAACCAGCUACAAGUUAUCUUCAUAACAAAUGACAGGAAAAACAAAGAAAAAGCAGUAGAAGAAGGAAUACCAGCUUUCACAUGUGAAGAAUAUGUGAAGAGCCUGACUGCAAACCCUGAACUUGUAGACCGUCUUGCUUGUUUGUCUGAAGAAGGGAAUGAAAUAGAAAGUGGAAAAAUAAUAUUUUCAGAGCAUCUUCCUUUAAGUAAGCUACAACAAGGCAUAAAAUCUGGUUCAUACCUUCAAGGAACAUUCCGAGCUAGCAGGGAAAACUACUUAGAAGCUACAGUAUGGAUUCAUGGAGAUGCUGAAGAAAACAAAGAGAUAAUCUUACAAGGACUUAAACAUUUAAACCGAGCUAUUCAUGAAGAUAUUGUGGCUGUGGAGCUUCUCCCAAAGAGUCAGUGGGUAGCCCCAUCUUCUGUGGUUCUACUUGAUGAAGGUCAAAAUGAUGAUGAUGUGGAGAAAGACGAGGAAAGAGAACACAUGCUUAAGACUGGUGUAAGCGACAAGAUGUUGAAGCCUACUGGUAGAGUUGUAGGAAUAAUAAAAAGGAACUGGAGACCCUAUUGUGGCAUGCUUUCCAAGUCUGACAUUAAGGAGUCAAGAAGACAUCUCUUCACACCUGCUGAUAAAAGAAUCCCACGAAUUCGGAUAGAAACCAGACAAGCUUCUGCAUUGGAAGGACGGAGAAUUAUUGUUGCUAUUGAUGGUUGGCCAAAAAAUUCCAGAUACCCAAAUGGGCACUUUGUAAGAAAUUUAGGCGAUGUUGGAGAGAAAGAAACUGAAACAGAAGUUCUGUUGCUUGAGCAUGACGUUCCUCACCAGCCCUUCUCCCAGGCAGUCCUGAGCUUCCUGCCAAAGAUGCCCUGGAGCAUUACCGAAAAGGACAUGAAAAACCGGGAAGAUCUGAGGCAUCUGUGUGUCUGUAGUGUGGACCCUCCAGGGUGUACUGACAUAGAUGAUGCUCUACACUGCAGAGAACUCAGUAAUGGGAAUUUGGAGGUUGGUGUUCAUAUUGCUGAUGUGAGCCAUUUUAUUAGGCCAGGAAAUGCCUUAGAUCAAGAAUCAGCCAGAAGAGGAACAACUGUUUAUCUUUGUGAAAAGAGAAUUGACAUGGUUCCAGAGUUGCUCAGCUCUAACUUGUGCUCCUUGAGAUCUAAUGUUGACAGGCUCGCAUUUUCAUGUAUUUGGGAAAUGAAUCACAAUGCUGAAAUCUUGAAAACAAGAUUUACCAAAAGUGUCAUCAAUUCAAAGGCAUCUCUUACAUAUGCUGAAGCACAGAUGAGAAUUGAUUCAGCAACCCUGAAUGAUGAUAUUACCACUAGUCUCCGAGGACUGAAUAAACUGGCUAAAAUUCUAAAAAGAGGAAGGAUUGAAAAGGGGGCUCUGACUCUGUCUUCUCCAGAAGUUCGGUUCCACAUGGACAGUGAGACUCAUGAUCCCAUUGAUCUACAGACCAAGGAACUAAGAGAAACAAAUUCCAUGGUGGAAGAAUUUAUGUUACUUGCUAAUAUUUCUGUUGCAAAAAAAAUUCAUGAGGAAUUUUCUGAACAUGCUCUGCUUCGAAAACACCCUGCUCCUCCACCAUCAAAUUACGAAAUUCUCGUUAAGGCAGCUAAGUCCAAGAAUUUGGAAAUUAAGACUGAUACAGCCAAGUCUUUGGCUGACUCUUUGGACCGGGCUGAAUCUGCUGCAUUCCCAUAUCUAAACACUCUGUUAAGAAUACUGGCCACACGGUGUAUGAUGCAAGCUGUAUACUUUUGUUCGGGAAUGGAUAAUGAUUUUCAUCACUAUGGCUUAGCGUCCCCAAUAUACACACAUUUUACUUCUCCUAUCAGAAGAUAUGCAGAUAUAAUUGUUCAUCGGCUGUUGGCUGUUGCUAUUGGGGCAGACUGUACUUACCCUGAAUUGACUGACAAACACAAGCUUGCAGACAUAUGUAAGAAUCUCAACUUCCGGCAUAAAAUGGCUCAAUAUGCUCAGCGAGCAUCAGUAGCUUUCCAUACUCAGCUGUUUUUCAAAACCAAAGGAAUAGUAAGUGAAGAAGCCUAUAUUCUAUUUGUAAGAAAGAAUGCAAUCGUGGUGCUAAUUCCUAAGUAUGGCUUAGAAGGAACCGUUUUCUUUGAAGAAAAAGACAAGCCAAAGCCACAGCUUAUUUAUGACGAUGAGACACCUUCACUCAAAAUAGAAGACACAGUGUUCCACAUGUUUGAUAAGGUUAAAGUGAGAAUCAUGUUGGAUUCAUCGAAUCUUCAGCAUCAGAAAAUCCGGAUGGCCCUCAUAGAGCCACAGAUCCCAGGAAUAAACAUUCCUGCUGAUGUUUCAGACACAGCCCUUAAUGGACCAGGGGGAAAGAAGAGGAAACUUGAAAAGUAGCUGCAUUCAACAACAGCAACAACAAAACUUUGAAAGAUUGGUUUCCUUUAAAAAAUUUUUUGUUAAAUACUCCUAAUUUCAUGUGUGCUUUUUUACUUUAAAGUAUAUUUUAAUACUUUUCAAAAUUUGCAUUUUUAUUGAACUGUUGACUGGGCCUGUCUUAUACCACUGGGUUUCUGGUUAAAGCAGAACCAUUUAUGCAGAAAAAUUCAAUUGAAUAUCCAUCACCUAAGUCGUGACAGGAUAACAACUGCAGUGAUCUGUAAAGAUCAUUUAAAUGGAGCACUCACCUGCUCAUUGAAGAGCAGAUUAAUCUUGCAUGAGUAUUUGAUUAUUUAAUAUUGGUAGAAAACAAAAACCGUCAUUUUCUAAGGAAAAAAGAAAAUACUUUUAGAAGAACAAUCCUUUCUAAAUCUUUAGAUGUCAGAGUUUGAUAUGUUUCCCUUUCCCUAUUUAACUUACAUACAUUGUGUUCACAUUUAUGAAGAAGCCUCCCAUAUUUUACUAUUGGUCUUCAAACCACUAGUGCUGAAUGAUAGAGAGUAAGUAGGAAAACAAGGAAGUCUAUUUUGACCUGACUAGGAAAACAGUUACUUGUUACCAGGUGAUAAAUGCAGCCAUGGUCUUUGAUCUUCCGCUCCAGUGUCUCCCCAAAAUGAAGCAUUAAAGCUCAGAAAAUAGAGAUGA